UUUACAUAUAACAUUCUGCGAUGAUUUUCGGGUCGAUUUGGCUCGAAUUUCACAACAAGACGGCACAGGUGCAAUCCACCCUGCUUUGAAAAAAGACCUUCUGACCUCGUCUGAUGGUGUUUCAAGGAAAACUUCAACGGCAAAAGUUACGAAUCCUGUUAUCUUAGCUCAGGAAGUUGUCUUACUGCUAUUUGUACAUUGCUUUACAUAUAUGUAGGCUGCUUGUUAAAAAGACAUUAUUCUGCGGCUUCCAUUAUUGUUAUGUUAAAAUCCGUUGCUGGCGGUGCUGAAUUUUAUAUUGAUACACAACAUGUUAGAGUUAUCAUGCGUAUUCGUAGUAGUGAGUCUGUAAAAUUUAAAGCCAUAUAAUAUAUGUGAUAUUUAACCUUCUCAUACAUGAAGAACAAGAACUUAAAAGAGAAACCGUUUUCAAGGCGUUUGCUAAGGUUAUGGUUUCCAACCAAAUUUAUAAUCAGAGGAAGAUGAAGGAAACACAAAGAAACAAUAAGGACAGCGCUUUACCCCGCUAUGGAACCUUUUUUUUUAGUUUCCCGAAACUACACAGGCUUUUUCUCGACCAAACCAUGGGCAAAGAAGAAGCUGAAGCCUACAAGAAAGCAGGAAAUAAACUUUUCGCCGAGCAUCGGUACGAAGAUGCAAUCAAAGAAUAUUCAACCGCGAUUAUAAAAGACCCGGAAGAGCGUAUAUACUAUACGAACCGUGCACUAUGCUACUCAAAGCUCGAACAGUAUGAUAAAGUAAUUAUAGAUACGCGUAAGGCGAUUGAACUUGAUAAUACCACAGUCAAGGCAUAUUAUUUGCUUGGACAAGCACUUAUUGAGAAACAGCAACACACCGAAGCAUUGAACAAGUUGAAAACAGCAUACGAACUUGCUAUCCAGCAAAGAGUUAAAUAUGUCAAUGACAUUUUACAAGCACUUUUGACUGCUCGAAAAAGGAUAUGGGAUGAUAAAGAGGCAGUGCGCCUGGAGCGCGAAUCUGCACUGUUGCAGUCUGUGAAGGGCCUUGUAGAGGCUGAACGACAACGGCAGCUUACAGCCGCUGGUGGCAAUGAGGAAAAACUUGACGAAAUUAACUACUUGACCGACGAACAAGAAACAAAAAUUCAAAAAGUAUUCGAACAAUCCAAAGAAAAUUUAAUGCGCCAUGUGGUGCCGGACGCCUACCUUGAUAAAAUAUCGUUUAAUAUAAUGCACGAUCCUGUCUUUACGCCUGAUGGCUUCACCUAUGAGCGACAGUCUCUACUUGACCAUUUCGCAAGAAACGGCAAUGUUGAUCCAAUCACAGGCCGACCAUGCGCAGAAAAGGACCUUAUACCAAACCGAUCGCUUAAGGAAGCUAUCGAAGAUUUCUUACAAGAAAAUGGCUGGGCUGCAGACUAUUAAAAUGGCUUGUUAUUUAAUAUGUGUUGUAUGUAAUUCGUUGAGAUGUGUAUGUGUACUUUAUACAUGUCGUAGUGACACAAAUGAUGAUUUAUUCAACAAACAUAAAAGAGAAAUAUACAAAU